AUGCUCAAACUGUUUUGGAAAAGGAUGGACGAGGCGGCGGAGGGAGUAGGAGUAGGAGGGGGUGCCGAAAAUGAGGGAGGAGGCGAGGGGGUGCCACGCGUCGUGGUUGAGUACAGCUACGAGGAGGAGGAGGAGAUCGAGGAGGAUACAUCGAGGCAAGCUCAGCACGGGCGUACAGAGAAGCACGGAGUGGCACUCGGGGAGCGGGUGGACGAGCAGCAGGCGACGGGGGACGAUUGGGAUGUCGAAGAGCAGGAGGGCGGAGCGGCUGGGCAGGAUUUUGGGACAGGAGUGCAGCAGCAGGAGGGCGGGGCGGCUGCGCAGGAGGGUGGGGUCGGAGGGCAGCAGCAGGAGGGCGUGGUGGCUGCGCAGGAGGGUGGAGCAGGAGGGCAAGAGCAGGAGGGCGGGGAGGCUGUGCAGGAGCGACUCGUUGCAGUAAGAAGGAGACACCGCACGGCCAGUGGCAGCGGACAGGCGGGCCCUUCGACAGCAGGCCAUUCAACGUCGGCCAUUGCAUCCGGAGACCAGGUCGUCGAGCUACUGCAGAGGGUCGCGGAGGUCGAGGCGUCGCAGAAGAAGCUCGUCGCCGAUGUAUUUGCGAAGCAUUGUGAGCAAGCUGCUGUUUUCAACAAGCUUGCUGGGGAUUUUCGGACGGCCUGGAAUAUGAUUUCGGAGUCGUCGAAGAGCACGCUGAAGCAGUGCGGCGAUGCUGUAAACGGUGUCACGGAGGAGAGGAAGCUGUUGGAAGGGGCACGCUCGAAGCUCGACGAGAUGAGCGGGAAAAUCAUCGAGGGGGUGGCAGCCGCUAUCACAAAAGCGAUCGAGGACGCCGUAAAGAAGCAGCUCAAGCUUGUCAAGGAGCGGCUGGUUGCUUCGGUCGUGAAGGGAAUUGAGAAAGCCGACAAGGAGGACUUGUUCUACUCCACCCUCCCACCCAAGAGCAUGAAGGAGCUGAAGGACGUUGUGAGAGAAAGCUACCAAGAAGCUGAAGCUGGCAGAUUGGAAGUCCUCACCGAAGCGAUGGCGAGAGGGUUUCGGGGCUCGGCGGGCCCGUCGACGAGGUCGCGUCAGGAGGAGGGGGUGGCUGGUGUUCGCAGCGGGGUUGAGCGUCGAGUUCAUGAGCGCUCGGUUCCUCCUUCUUCGGUGGGAGGACAUGUCGGCAGGCCGGUAGCAUCCCCACCGUCGCAUGCCUGUCAGACCGUCGGCAAGUCCGUUGAGGACAAGGAUGUCAUCGUACUCGACCAAUCGCCCUGUCAGCAGACCUCCGAAGCGGCACCGAAGCCUCCGCCUGAUGCUUUUGCUCCGCUGCGGGACAUGCUGCAGGGCCUCGGGAAAAAGGGUGGGAAAGGAGUGGUUGUGGGGGAGAAAAGUGGUGCCCCAAUCGGCCAGGUCGCCUCAGCCGGGAAAGGAGCCGUGGAAAAGCGAGGUGCCCCUACCCCGUCCGGCGGCGCUGCGGGGAAAGGAGCGGGGGAGAAACGGGGUGAUCCCAGCCAGGUCGCCGUCGCUCCUGGGUUGCUGUCGAAGACAAGGGCCGACUCCGCUGCGCAACUCGGCAUUGCUGGCUGUCCUGUCGAGCCUGUUGUGACGAAGUCGACGAAGCGGGCUGCAGAGGCAACAGAGAGCAGUGACGUCGAGAAGGCAUCUACCGUCGUUGCUGCUCGAUACGAAAAGUCAAAGAAGCCCAAGGUGAUCGGCUACGCCCCACCUCCUCCGCCGGACGACCAAGGCAAGACGAGAGGCUGCAAAGCUCCCUUCAAAGGACCGGACAUGAUGUCGCGCAAGGGGAAGCCGGUUUCCGAGCAGACCGUAGGCUCGAGGAAGCGGUUCCAGGGCACUUUUGAAACGGAGGCGGACCAGAAGUCUUGUACGGCCAUCUGCUGGCGCGUGCACUUCCCCGACAUAGACCUCAAGGAGUACGAGGGGUUCACAGCACAGGAUGAGAAGGGUUGGAAGGUCUAUCUCGAUGCAGCAGCGCGUAUGCCCACCGGCGUUUGGAGCGUGGCGCAAGAACAAGGGGAAUGUCUUUUCGACGAGUGA